AUGCUUAAUAAUAUACCAGGCCCUGUGCUAGUCAUCUUGAAACCAUCAUCUCAUGUCCACAGCCUGGGAAGACGGGCCACUCCACCCUCCCGCGGAGCCUCAGCCAGCCUUCCCUCCCAGUUCGCGCUCCAGCAGCAUCAGCUGCACUGCGAGGACCGCACCCCACACCCUGCUCCCCCACGCCCCGCCCUGCUCCCCCACGCCCCGACCUCCUGCCCCAUGCCCCGCCCUGCUCCCCCACGUCCCGCCCUGCUCCCCCCACGCCCCGCCCUGCUCCCCACGCCCCGCCCUGCUCCCCCCACGCAGCCCUGCUCCCCCCACGCCCCGCCCUGCUCCCCCCACGCCCCGCCCUCCUGCCCCCACGCCCCGCCCUCCUGCCCCACGCCCCGCCCUCCUGCCCCACACCCCGCCCUCCUGCCCCACACCCCGCCCUGCUCCCCCCACGCCCCGCCCUGCUCCCCCACGCCCCGCCCUGCUCCCCACGCCCCGCCCUGCUCCCCCCACGCAGCCCUGCUCCCCCCACGCAGCCCUGCUCCCCCCACGCCCCGCCCUGCUCCCCACGCCCCGCCCUGCUUCCCCCACACAGCCCUGCUCCCCCCACGCCCCGCCCUGCUCCCCACGCCCCGCCCUGCUCCCCCCACGCCCCGCCCUCCUGCCCCCACGCCCCGCCCUCCUGCCCCCACGCCCCGCCCUCCUGCCCCACGCCCCGCCCUCCUGCCCCCACGCCCCACCCUCCUGCCCCACGCCCCGCCCUGCUCCCCCCACGCCCCGCCCUGCUCCCCCCACGCCCCGCCCUGCUCCCCACGCCCCGCCCUGCUCCCCCACGCAGCCCUGCUGAGCCGCCCACCCUGCCUCCUUUCCAAUGUUCUCUCCACAACACUGGUCGCUCUGGCACUGUUCUGUUCCUUCCAACGUCCACUCAGAUAA